AAAGUAGGGCUUUGGCAUGGCUUCUGAUUAGAUUGAGAUUGUGCGCGUCGGUAGUGUUUAUCCGUUAUUCACGUUAUUUUUUAAUUUGAUUACGUAUUAUUUCAUUUGAAUAUACGGUUUUGAAAAUGGGUGCGUAUUUAUCAGAGCCGAAAACGACGAAAGAGAGCUCAGAUGCAGAAGGAGGGAAUAUGAAAUGCGGCGCAAGUUCGAUGCAAGGGUGGAGAAUUUCUCAAGAGGAUGCUCACAAUUGCAUUUUGGACUUUGACAAGAAUGCCUCAUUGUUUGCUGUGUACGACGGACAUGGCGGUCAUGAAGUAGCAGAAUAUUGCUCCAAAAAUCUGCCUGAUUUCAUAAAGAAAACAGAGAACUACACCAAAGGAGAGUUUGAACAGGCACUUAAAGAUGCUUUCCUUGGUUUCGACGCUACCUUGGCCACACCAGAAGUAGUUUCUCUCCUGAAAGCUAUAGCUAGCGGUAAAGAUGGAGAAAAGCCUGGUUCUGAAGCAGAGGCUGGAUCUGGCUCCGAGGAUGAGGAGGAAACAGUAGAUGGGUUAAUGCAGGAGGCACACAUGCCACUGGAACAGGUGAUGGCUAGGUACAAAGGUGCCGGACCACUGUGUCGGCUGCUGAAGGGGGAAGGGAAGCCGCCAGUGUCACCCAUGUUGAGAGGUCGCCGCUCCUCCUCCGGGAGUGCAAGUGGAAGUGGAGACGGACCUUCGGGCUCAGGCGCAGGCACCAGUCGCUCCUCCUCAGUGACAGAGGAUGCGGAAGUGAGCAGUUCCUCUAGUAGCCACGCGGAGGGUGCUGCAGUUGUGUGUAAUGGAGAGGCUGUUCACAUGAACGGAGAGGUAGGGGAGGAAGAGAGUGAUGCAGAGAAGAAAGGCAGUGAGGCUGAGGUGGACAGCAGUGAUAACAAGGAAGUGAAAGAGGAGAAAGUGUUGGACAAGGUUGAGAAGUGUGCAGAUGAAGGUGAGAAGAAAGUGGAAAGGACAGAAGCGGACAGUUCAGGGCAGAAUAAUGGUGAGAUCCAUAGUGGUGUGAGCAGCUCUUCGGAGACAGAGGCAGGUAAUGAUGGUAUCUCCAGUAGUAGCCCGUCCAAGAAGAAGAAGCGGAUUUCCUCUGCAGAGAUGUACCAGAAGUUGAUGAUGGAAGACUCUGAUUCUGAAGAGGAGGAUGAGACUUUCACUGCAGAUGCUGAAAGUGAGGAUGGGUCAAGUGAUGAAGCUGCAGAGGGUGCUGAGGAGAAAGAAGGAGAAGAUGAUGAAGAGUCCUCCGUAGAUGAUGAAGAAGAGGAGGAUGAUGAUGAUGUGGAGUAUCCAGGAAUGGAUGUAAAAGAGGAGCCUGGCUCAGACAGCGGGUGCACAGCAGUUGUAGCGUUAUUGGUCGGCUCAGAUCUGUGGGUUGCGAACGCUGGUGACUCCCGGUGCGUGGUGUCUCGUGAUGGCAAGGCACUGGAGAUGUCCGUGGACCACAAGCCUGAGGAUGAGCCAGAGAGGGUGAGGAUAGAAGCAGCUGGUGGCAAAGUCACCUGUGACGGACGAGUCAAUGGCGGACUCAACCUGUCUCGUGCUAUUGGAGACCACUCGUACAAGCAGGUGAAGUUGUUGCCACCCAGUCAGCAGAUGAUCACAGCGCUCCCUGACAUACAGAGGCUAACAUUGGAUCCUAGCAGGGACGAGUUUAUGGUGUUGGCCUGCGACGGCAUCUGGAAUUCCUUGAGCAGUCAGGAGGUGGUGGACUUUGUCCGGACCAAGUUGGAACAAAACACCGAGAAACUGUCGCAGAUCUGUGAGGAGCUGUUCGACCACUGCCUGGCACCGAACACUCAAGGAGAUGGGACAGGCUGUGACAACAUGACCUGUGUCAUCGUCCAGUUCAAGUCUCAGCCAGGCACAGGCAAGCGAGCGGCGGAGAGUGAGCCUGAUGAAGCUAGCGAGCAGCCUAGCGCCAAGAAGAGCAAAAUAGAGACAAGCGAGGCACAGGAGGCGUAAACCCCCUGAUCUUCACACGCACCACCUAUCUAUCUUUAAGGUUGCAUCGGCAAAAUCCCAACUAAAAUUCUGAUCAGUAACAAAAAAUUCCAAGAAAUACUGUUAACAUUUCCAAGUACAGUUUGAUUUGUGCUCUUGCUCUUGCUGGCCAUGGUAAGAAAGACAUAAUAUUUUUAUAUUGGAGUUUUAGUAAAACGUUAAAAACACCAUAAUAACUGGAAGUUGUGUUAUAGUAUGGAUGACUUCUACAAGGGUGUGAAAUAGAUCAUUACUUAAUGUUAAAAUCAGUUUAAAAACCAUGAAAACUUUGGUUUCAAUUCAAAUUUAAUGUGUUUUACAAAAUACAUCGCUCUUUGGCGAAUCUUGAAUUGAAUCUAGUGCCUUACAUAAUUUUUUAUUCUUGUUACAUUAAUAAAAAAUGUCUCACUACUAUUGAGUUCUUAUUGGCGCAUUUUAUGUGAUUCAUUGUGUUGAAACAAUGAUAUAAUAUACAUAAUAAUGAUUUCGGAAUUAAAGUUGGGACUUAGCCGUUCAUGUUUUUAUUAAUAUGUCAAUGGGCGAUUGUUGCCAUUUCUGAAGUGGCAGUUGCCCGUGAAAUGUCCACAAAAGUGACAAAAAGUUUGAACUAGUCAGUGCACAACUUGUGCCUUCUUUCUGUUGAAAUUCUUAUUAUAUAAGCAUUUCAUCAGUGUAUAAAUAAUAUAAUUUGCACAGAAUAUGUCAGCUUCUGAAAUUGCAAUUAAUUUUAUCGUUGUACAAAUAUAGCUUUAUAAUUUCAUUAAUUUUACCUAUACAAUAUUAUUGUUUUUCCGAGUUCCUUAACUAACUGUUGUCAUUUUACAUUAAUUAAUUUAGUGAACAAUAUUAUUUAGUAUGUUUUAUAUGUUGAAAUAAUUAUUGUCAAAGUCUUGAUGCUCAAUUCACAAAUUGCUCUAAUACAGUCUGUCAUUCCAAACAAAAUUAAUAACCCUUUGAGAAUUCUCUUGACAGAAUAAUUUCCAAUUCAGCGUUUCACAGUUCAGUUAUAAGUAAUUUUCUAAACAUAUUUGUAAUGGUAAUGUUUUGUAAAGUUCUGUAUCAGUGUAAAACAGAAAUAGUGUACUGUUUAUGUGUUGUUAUAGUUGUAAUUCUUUGUAGAUAUAUUAAAUAUUUAUAACGAUUUGAGGUGUGCUUAUUUCGGUCAUUGAUCAAACAAUAUUUUUGUUAGCAUUCAUUUAGCUUGUGGUUUUUGUCAAACAAUUGAAAAUUAAGAUAUAGCAAUCCAAGGGACUGAACGGCAGUAGACAAUAGACUUUUGUGGACAUUUUCAAGAGGCCUUAAGGUAUGCUACUUAUUUGAUCUGCAUUUUACAUGAACAGCACAAAAUGUGUCCUGUGAUAAGACUUGUGUCCGGUGUAGUCUAUGUAAACUAUGUUCCAUUUGUACAUAUAAUUAAUUGUGUGUUUGUUGGACUUGACAUAGAAUAAGUGAAAUUUUAUAUAUAUUUUAUGUAAUACGGAAUGUAAGAUUCCCUAAAGACGUACAAAGUAAAGUAACUAAUAUAAGAAGCCAGUUACAGCAGGUCCUUAAUUAGUGUAAUAAUUUACAUUUUUAAUUUUUAAGACGUUUCCACACUUUUGGUGUUGAAAAAGUUGUUCUUGAGGUUCUGUCAAAGUUAACUUACCAUUUUAAUUUCAAGUUUACUUUAGUAUUUAUGUUAACUUAGUUGAAUUCAUUCCAAUAAGAAACUAUUCCUAAACAAUGUUUCAUUGACUGUUUGGUUUUCAAUGAAAAAUUUAACAGGCUGUAAUAUUUAAAAAUUUAAUAAAAAUUUAGACAUUUA